AUGAACUCUGAUUCAAAUUCUUCUAGUUCAUCUAGUUCUGGGUUAUUUGAUUACAUGGUGAACGACUAUGUAGAGUGGCAUGAAUCAAUUACCCAAAGGCGAAAAGAAGAUGAAUUGAUCGAGGAAGCGAUCAAUACAGCUGUUGUUCCCUUUGUAACAUCAACUUAUCAGACCCCUUUCACUCUUGAACCUACGUACCAAAGGUGGUAUGUACCAAGAGAUCGAGAAUAUGCUGAUAUUCAGUUAUAUAAUGAUUACUUUAGUCCCCAACCAUUGUACCCUGCUAAUAUGUUUCUUCGACGGUUUCGCAUGCGUAAGAAUGUGUUCACACGCAUUGUUAAUCAACUAAGAGAAAGUGAUGUUUACUUUCAACAAAGGCCGGAUGCCACCGGAAGACUAGGUGCAUCCCCUCUCCAAAAAUGCACUGCAGCAAUUCGAAUGUUAGCAUACGGUACAUCUGCCGAUGCAGUUGACGAGUAUCUAAAAAUCGCGUCAAGUAAUGCAAGAGAAGGUCUGGCUCACUUUGUUGAAGGGGUCGUAGCUCAAUUUGGACCAGAGUACUUGAGGAGGGAAAAUACUAUGGAUAUUGAACGGCUCCUCCGUGAAAGUUAUGCUCGUGGAUUUCCUGGUAUGAUGGGCAGCAUUGAUUGCAUGCAUUGGGAGUGGAAAAAUUGUCCGCGUGCAUGGAAAGGAAUGUAUCAAGGUAGAAGUAAAACAACAACGGUGAUCUUGGAGGCUGUUGCUUCGCAAGACUUGUGGAUAUGGCACGCUUUUUUUGGAACCCCGGGUUCUUGUAAUGAUAUAAAUGUCCUCCAACGGUCGCCGGUGUUCUCUGAUAUAUGUGAGGGAAAAGCUCUAGAGGUUACCUUCAAUGUCAACGGAAAUACAUAA